AUGCUCCACUACUUCAUUGAUCCACCUCAUGACUCUAACCGUCGCUCUCACAGGAAGCCCGAAGAAACGAAAGGAGAACCUACGACAACCUCUGAUUACUUUGCCUCUAGCAAGAAGCGGGCGGGACGGCCAGCCAAGGCAGAACAAUCAGCCGCCGAGACGGAUAAAUCUCCUGCGAAACCCUCCAAGAAACCAGCAUCAAAGAAAGAUAUCACUGUUCUUGACGAUGAUGAAGGCCUCGGUGGAGAUGAUGUCUUUGCUACUGAGUACCAAAAACGUGGAAAGGGGGAUGAUGAUUUUGUUGAAGGAGGAAACAGCGAUGACGACGACGAUAAUGACUUCGAAGUUCUUAAAGCUAAAUCGCCGACUGCCAAGCGCUCCCAAAAGAAACGGCCAACAUACAAUGAGGAUGAUGAGGAUGAUGAUGACUUCGAAGUACUCGAAGUUAAACCACCCACUGCAUCCAAGCGUACCCAGAAGAAACAGCCGACGUACGAUGAGGACGACGAUGUUGUGAUGGAUGAACUCCCAAAACGUGCCCCUAAAGCAGCUCUACCAGGGCGCAAGCGCAAGUCAGAGGCUCUCGUCGACAAUGAUGAUGAUGACGAUUUGGGCGACACUAAAAAGCCUGCAUCUCGAUCCAAAACGGCGAAGGGACCUACCUCUCCAGCUGCGAAGAAAGUAAAACCCGCCCCGAAGAAAAAGGAAAAGGAGGAGGUCCCCGAAAACAAGGAAAUCCAGGCUAUUUUCGACAGCAUCCCUACAGUCCGGCCUCCAACUCCUCCUCAGGACGAUGGAGAGAAGAAGAAAUGGAAAUUUGGGGAACAACGCUCCCGAACUCCACCAACCAGCGGGACCAAAGAACUGCCCGUUGGUGCAGAGAAUUGUCUCGCAGGAUUGGCGUUUGUUUUCACCGGUGUGCAGGAGACCCUAGGUCGGGAAGAAGGCCAGGAGCUGGUCAAGAGAUAUGGUGGCAAGGUGACUGGCGCGCCUAGCUCUAAGACUAGCUAUGUCGUUCUUGGAAGCGACGCUGGUCCCUCGAAACUCAAGACCAUUGCCAAACACAACCUGAAAACUAUCAGCGAGGAUGGGCUUUUCGAGCUGAUCCGUCGAUUGCCUGCCAAUGGUGGUUCUGGAAAGGCUGCUGCGCAGUAUGAGGCUAAACAGAAAGCCGCCGAAGAGAAGAUUCGCGACAUGGCAAAGGAGAUGGAUGCAGAGGAGAAGAAGAAGGCGGAUGAAAAGAAGAAGCAGGCUGCUAUUGCUGCUAGCAAUGCCCCUACCUCGAGCGCCCCGCAGGCUUCACAUGGUCCUCCCGCUGACGACCAACUUUGGACCACUAAGUAUGCACCAACGUCGACCUCCAUGAUUUGCGGAAACAAGGCUGCUGUUGAAAAGAUUCAAAGUUGGUUGCGCAACUGGCGCAAGAAUGCAAAGAUAAAUUUCAAAUUGGCCGGCAAAGAUGGCUCCGGAGUCUACCGCACGAUCAUGAUUCACGGCCCACCAGGUAUUGGCAAAACCACAGCUGCACACAUGGUGGCCAAGCUGGAGGGGUACGAUGUCAUAGAAUCCAAUGCCAGUGAUACGCGCAGUAAGAAGCUCGUUGAAAAUGGGACCUUGGGCGUUCUUGACACAACAUCUCUGCAAGGCUACUUUGCCGCGGACGGAAAAAACAUUGACAGCAACAAGAAAAAUGUUUGCCUGAUUAUGGAUGAGGUUGAUGGCAUGUCUGCUGGUGACCGCGGCGGAGUGGGUGCGCUUGCAGCUAUUGCCAAAAAAACCAGCGUUCCACUCAUUCUUAUUUGCAACGAACGAAAGCAGCCGAAGAUGAAGCCUUUUGACCAUGUUACGUUUGAUAUUCCGUUCAGACGCCCCACGGUCGAGCAAAUUCGAGCUAGACUAUCCACAAUUUGCUUCCGUGAAAAGCUGAAGAUCCCGCCACCUGUUCUGGAUAGCCUCAUUGAAGGAACACAUUCCGAUAUUCGACAGGUCAUCAACAUGCUUUCUACUGCUAAAUUGGACCAGGAGAGCCUCAGCUUUGACAAGGGCAAGGAGAUGUCGAAGGCCUGGGAGAAACACAUCAUUUUGAAGCCCUGGGAUAUUGUCAGCAAGAUUCUUAGCGCCCAAAUGUUCUCACCAAGCUCUACCUCUACAUUGAACGACAAGAUUGAGCUUUACUUCAACGAUCACGAAUUUAGCUAUUUGAUGCUCCAGGAGAACUACUUGAAGACUCGGCCUACCCUUGCAGGAAACUACCACGACAGGGAGAAAAAUUUGAAGCUUCUUGAGCUUGCAGACAAUGCAGCUUCGAGCAUCAGUGACGGCGAUCUGGUGGACCGUAUGAUUCAUGGAACCCAGCAACAGUGGAGUCUUAUGCCUACCCACGCUGUGUUCAGCUUCGUCCGACCAGCCAGUUUCCAAUUCGGAAAUAUGUCCGAGAGGGCAUCAUUCACGAGUUGGCUGGGUCAGAACAGUAAACAAGGUAAAUUGUCACGUUUUGUCAAGGAAAUUCAAGGUCAUAUGCGUCUAAAGACAUCCGGCAACCGAGAUGAGAUACGCCAGCAAUAUAUGCCUCUCCUCUGGGAGAAAACUAUCCGUCGUAUGAUGGAUGAAGGCAAAGAAAGUGUUGACGAAAUCAUCGAGUUCAUGGACUCCUACUACCUCACGCGGGAUGACUUCGAUGCAAUGCUUGAACUUGGACUUGGGCCAAUGGACCAGUCGAAUGUCAAGUUGGAAACACAAACCAAAUCUACCUUCACACGUCUUUACAAUUCCCGCUCUCACCCAAUGCCUUUCAUGAAGGCUAGCAGUGUCCUCGCACCAGCGAAGAAGGGACCCAAGGAGAAGCCAGAUAUUGAAGAUGCCCUUGAGGAAUCCGACGAAGAAGAGGUCAUCGAGGAAGCCAAGGAUGAAGAUGAUGAACUCGAUCUCAAGAAAGACAAGUAUGUCAGCCAGCCGAAGAAAAAGGCGGCCAAGGGUGCUGCCAAGGGCAAGAAGGCCAAGAAAGCAGCAGACGAUGACAUUGACGAUGACGACGAGAAGCCUAAGAAAGGCAAGAAGGCAAAGGCCAAGGCCAAAGAUUAA